AUGGGACGUGCCGGAGCCAUGUGUGACGGUGUGGUCCCGGUGAUUGUGCUUGUCCUGCUGCUGGCCACUGUGGCUGUCUGGUGGGCCGUUGGCCACUGGCAACCACGGAGGCGGCAGACAAGGACAGCGAAGAGGCGCAAGCGCCCCGGGCACACCCACGACGCCGGGGACAGCGACGGUGCCGCCCUGCCCCGCUGCCCUCCGGCUCCUGCAGCCGCCUCUGCGCGCUCCCCUGCCCCAGCUCUGCCGCUCGCCAGCCCGACGGCCGCAAGGCGGUGGCCGCUGCCCGGCGCGCAGCAGGAAGCAGGGCAAAAGAAGAAGCUGCAGGAGCUGUACCAGCUGGGCCCGCAGCUGGGCAGCGGUGGCUUCGGCACCGUUUUCUCGGGCAUCCGCCUCUCGGACGGGAGCCCGGUGGCCAUCAAACGCGUGGCCCGGGAGAGCGUCCUGCAGUGGUACGAGCUGCCCGACGGCACCCGUGUUCCCAUGGAGAUUGUGCUGAUGGAGAAGGUGGGCUCUGGCUGCCACAACAUCAUCCAGCUCCUCGACUGGUUUGAGCUGCCUGACAGCUUCCUGCUGGUGAUGGAGCGUCCGGAGUCAUCGCAGGAUCUCCUGGCCUUCCUGCUGGAGCAGGGGUUCCUGUGCGAGGAGAUGGCGCGCUGGCUUUUCUGCCAGGUGCUGGAGGCCGUGCGGCACUGCACCGCCUGCGGCGUCCUGCACCGGGACAUCAAGCCGGAGAACCUCCUCGUGGACCCGGAGAGCGGCGACCUGAAGCUCAUCGACUUCGGUUGCGGCACCUUCCUCCAGGAGCAGGCCUUCACGCGAUUUGCCGGAACACACAUGUACAGCCCACCCGAGUGGAUCUGCCUUGGCUGCUACCACGGCCAUUCGGCGACCAUCUGGUCCCUGGGCGUGCUGCUGUACGUCAUGGUCUGCGGGAACAUGCCCUUCCAGGAGGACCGUGACAUCGUGUCGGGGCAGCUCUUCUUCUGGCAGCAGGUCUCUCCAGUGCCAACAUCUGAUCCGCUGGUGUUUGUCCAAGCACCCCGCGGACAGGCCAGCGCUGGAGGAGAUCUUGCGCCACCCUUGGGUGCGGGGCAGGCGUCUUUGAUGCCUUGCCGGAGCCUCUGCAGCACCCGGUUACCGAGUCCCACGCAGGACUGAGGACUCGAG